GUAAAAAAUAUAUUACAAGUUUUAUAUAAAAAUAAAAAUAUGAUCCAGUAUAAUAUAUUUAAAUAUUAUUUUGAAAACUGGAAGUACCGAAAUGUGUGUUUUGAGUAGUUGAUCCAAUUCUUGUUCGACUUUCAGCCAUUUAUUACUGUUAUGUAAACUAAAAGUCAACUUUGAGACAUACAACUUCCGUAAGAACAUAUCAGCACUAGCAUUAAUGAAAUUGAUAUAUGGAUACUAUUGCGUAUAAUAUAUAACUGUAUAUACACACACAGAUUGUUAUUGAGAUAUGUAUCGAACCACGUAACCGAUCAAAGUAGAUUAGCUAGUGCUUAGCACCGACAACAAAGAAGCGUUUCUUACAACUGUCAAUCUGCUAUUAAUAGUCACGUGAGUCGCUGUCUGCAGUUACGUGUUCUGGUACAUAUAUGUGGAAUUCGGUAAUCAGAUCAAAACGGACAGAAACGCAACCGUGCAUUUAACAGGCAUACCUGUCAGGUGCUUCAAAGUUAAACUGCGCGGCGCGAAGCAGUAUUAUGUGAAACAAAUAACAGAACUCAAGACACUGUUUUUUUCAUGUUCUGAAUUCUCAUUUGAAACUGAGACAGGGUUUGUUCGGAUUCUGUUUGUGAUGUAAAAAGAUUAUAAACGACUUUGGAAUUACUUUUAUGUAAUCUAUAUUUUGAAGAUUGCAUUUGUGACAGGUUUGUUUGUUUCUUUCUGGAGACAUUUGUAAUGAUAGAAAACAUUAACGGACGAUGUUGAAGCAUAUGCUACAGUGCUGUUGUAACCAAUGGAUUGACACAUAUCAGUUUUCGAAAAACAAAUAUGGCUACUACUGCAUGACGAAAACAGAACGCGCGCUUACAUCUGUGUGUCAUCUGCUAACCAAUAUUAACAAUACACAGAGAAGUUUAGUUACAGAUUGAGGGAAGGAGAUUAUUAAAUAUUUGAUCUGCUUCUUAUUGUCCAAGUGUGCGUGCCAUCAUUACUAUUUACUAUCUGUACAAAACGUACACCGCGGCACUAUAUUGGCCAAGAGGUUAUAUGUGGACGUGACAAUAUUUCUGGUAUCGACUUUAUAUAUUUAAAAAAAAUUGUUCACGUAUCUUUAAAUAUUUGUCAUUGGCUUUUUAUUGUUAGAACAGCCGUACAUAACACAUUCAUAAACGAAUCCUUAGGAAGUUUAUUUUCCUUUGACAGACAUCUUGACUAUAUUGGGUUUUUUGUCAUCAUCUGAAGACUUUUAGGCCAUGUAAAUAAAGUGGUCUUGAUUAUAUUUGUGAUGGUUACAAGAACACUUCGGCGGAGGUCUGGAAAAUGGGCCCGUGCAUUGGCUUGAUAAUUGCGUUGCGAAGCAAACAUUACUUGAGGAUCUUUAUAGAAAAUCACUCUCAUUGAGUUUCAAUACGCUCGUAAUUAUUUAUGGUAGCAAUGACUCCUGGCGAGUAGGUUUUGUUAGCCUCAUUGAUCCAGCAUGCUCGUCGUCAAAUAUCGGUGUUUAUCUCUGACGUUUACAACCGCAAACUGUUUCAGACAAAUACGAUCUUAGCGAUGUCAUUCAAUAAUCGUAUUAAAAGCAGACGUCACUAAGCUAACGAGUUCAAAUGACGACCAAUCCAUUUGCAGCCGAAGAGAACUGGUAUUUAAAAAUGCAGUGCGAAUCUACGGAUUUAAUCCACCAAUCGGCGUUAGCGUUUCAACAGCUAAUACUUACGGCGAUCGUGGUGGCGGGAUUUUUGUACACGAAAACGUAUUACGACAAUGUGCGGCGCCAUUAUGCACGGAUUACGGUAGUCGUAAUCGGAGGAGGCCCUGUUGGGUUAACAGCGGUUCUGAUAGCAUCCAAAAAUAUCCACGUGAAAAAGAUUUAUCUCUUCGAAGAAAGUUACAGAAAUAAUCUUGUGAACAAGCCUAACCAAGUGGCCUUUGACUUCAGGAGUGUGACUUUCCUCCGAACCUUGGGAGUGGAUUUCGAUAACAUGGAAGGGUGCUGGGAUAACAAUAUAUUUUUCACACGAGUUGGGAUAUUCCAAGACUAUCUGUUAAGUUUAAUAUUCAAACUCAACACAGAGACAGACGUUCGUCUUGGAACAAAGUUUUCUAGAGAAAAUAUCAAAGACAUAGAAAGCAUACACGGGCGAGUUCUCGUGAUAGCGUGUGACGGGAAUGACGGCCAGGCGUCCAGGAUUCUCGGACUGAGUGACGAGUUCGCCAACCAUUCCUACAAGGCUUACGGUGCCGUGGCGGGCAUCACGAGACUCGACAAGUGUCACCUGCCCCUCCCCGAGAGGAGAGUCCACAAUCUCUUCUUCGACCUGUCUGCUUACGGCGCGAGCCUCGACGAAAACGGCAAAGCAGAAGGCUUUACGUUGAAGAUAUUCGGCAGCAGCAGACAGCGGUACAUGACUCUCCUGGUGCCCAAGAGUGAAUGUCCCAUGGUCAAGACGAUGAGGCUGGUGUUAGACAGAGGAAUGAUGAGGAAUAUAUUUGUGAAAUGUUACAACACCUACAAGAGCCAGGGUGAGGUGACGCUCAGUGAAACUACCGCAAUAAAACAUUUAAAAUUCAGUCCUCGACUGUUCGAGCUCAAACUGUUCCAGCGACUGCACACGGUCGCGUAUUUCGAAGAUGACGACAUGUUCGUUAUAGUGGAGGGGGAGUCCGCGAGAUGCGGCAACUUUCACACAGGGUUAGAUAUUAACAACGGGAUCCGUGGCCUGAUGUCGCUGACAGCGUUUAUCUCCCUUGCAUCGUGCGCCGUCACGGAACACGCAAUCUUGAACGCCAUGAUGUACAAGGCCAGACACGAUGACAAUCUAUGUCGAGAAUUUCUUAGAAACGGACUCAGGGAAUCAAUGUAUUCAUCAUACUAGAUCAUCACAUUAAAAAAGAGAGGAAGAAUCAAUUUAAAAUCAAAUAAAAUUUUAUCUUUUUAUUAUAUCUAAUUUGUAAAAAUACCGUGACGUUACCGUACUAAUUAUUAAAAAAUGAUGACGUCAUUAGGCAAGCCAGGAUUCUAUAUUGAUGGGUACCCAGAUGGGGAGGGGGCGGUGGACACAACCAAAAAUAUAAAAGGUAGUGGGGGUGGGGGGGGGGGGGGUUAAGAAGGUGUGAUUGGGGAUAACGUGCUUGUCGUAUAGAUGUAUUUUCAAAAGGAAUACUCACUGUAUAUUCUUUCUUUUUUUCUUCUUUUUUUCUAAACCUGGCAAUGUCAAGGUUGGGGUGCCUUGAAUCAUCGUCUUACAAUAUACAACAAUAAUAAAAUUAUAACAUGUGUACAUGUAUAGCGGUAAGAUAAAGAGGGGAAGGUGAAAAAAAGAAGACACUCACUGUAUAUUCACUGACAUUCUGAGAUUUCAGGAUCGUCCCAAAACAGCUUUAGAGCACAUUGAUACGGAAACGUCUUCAGCUAGAUAAAAAAAAGAAGAGAACACUUAAAUUAAAAAGUGUGUUAGUGAGCGUAACCCCAGUGUGUCAGUUAGCGUAACCCCAGUGUGUCAAUGAACGUAUCCCCAGUGUGUCAGUGAGGGUAACCCCAGUGUGUCAGUGAGCGUAACCCCAGUCUGUCAGUGAGGGUAACCCCAGUGUCAGUAAGCGUAACCACAAUAUAGGUGAGCAUAAUCCCAGUGUGUCAAUGAUCAUAACCCCAGUGUGUCAGUAAACGUAACCACAAUAUUGGUGAGUAUAGCCCCGGUAUGUCAGUGAGCGUAACCCCAGUGUGUUAGUGAUCGUAACUUCGGUAUGUCAGUGAUCGUAACCUCGGUAUGUCAGUAAUCGUAACCGGUAUGUCAGUGAUCUUAACCUCAUUGUGUCAGUGAGUUUAACUUGGUAUGUCAAUGAUCUAAACCUCGGUAUGUCAGUGAUCGUAACCACGAUAUGUCAGUGAAUUUAACCUCGGUGUGUCAGUGAGUCUAACCCAGUGUGUCAAUAACCUUAACCUUGGCGUGUCGGUGACCUUAAACUCGGUGUGCCCGUGACCGUAACCCCAGUGUAUCAGUGAUCUUAACAGAAUGUGACAAGUCCGCGUCUUUUGCCACAACAUAUCAAUUGCAUGUCCGUUACGCAGUUAUCGAUUACAUGUUUAUGUAUUAUUCCAAAGUGUCAGUUUUUAUAUUAAAAUGUAUGGAUUAUUAAUAAAAACGAUAUUUGA